AUAUUUGAUUUCGUUUCCGGGGGUGACGGCAUUUUUAUUAUUCUGGCUGAGGGUUUAACAUGGCUUCAUCUGAUGAGAAUAGUAUGCAGGGUGAGGAUUGCAUAGAAGUGAAAGCAGAACCAACAUGUGAAAUGAAAACUAUGUUCAUGGAUGCUUUGAAUACAUUGCUGCAAGAAAAGGCAAAUAACAGCGGGAUCCUUAGCCCAGAAAAGUACCUUACUUUUAUAGAGGACGUCAAACAGGCUAGGGUAAAGCAGACUAAAAGUAGCGUUGACUAUCGUCGACUAAGAAAAUAUGAUAUUCUUGAAGUUGAGGGUGAGGAAAGACUUAUUGUGCCAAUAACAGAAGACAGUAGUGCUUUGCUGUACUAUGUGCAUACAGAUGAGUUAUUCGACUUGUUGAAUGAAACUCAUCUGAAAAUUGGGCACGGAGGUCGGACAAGGAUGGAGAAGGAGUUACAAAAAAUGUACAAAAAUGUCACCAAGGAAGUUAUUAUGUUGUAUCUUCGCUUGUGUAAACCAUGCCAGACUAAACUGUCUAACCCUAAGAAAGGUCUAGUUUUCAAACCUGUGAUGUUUAAAGAAAGUAACUCAAGGGGACAUGUAGAUCUUAUUGAUAUGCAGAGUAACCCAGAUGGUGAAUAUAAGUUUAUACUUAAUUACCAGGAUCAUUUAACGAAGUUUAUGUUAUUGCGAGCUUUGAAAAGCAACAGUGCAGAAGACGUUGCUAACCAGCUGCUGGAUAUUUUCACAACCAUUGGUGCCCCAAGUGUGCUUCAAUCAGAUAAUGGAAGAGAAUUUGCAAAGCUAGUUAUAAGUGAACUAAAGAACAAAUGGUCUGAACUGAAACUUGUUCACGGAAAACCCAGGCAAGAUUCAGUCAAAGAUGCUAACCAAGAUGUUCAGAAUAUGGUGAUGACAUGGAUGCAGACAAAUAAAUCCAAACACUGGGCUGAGAAUCUUAAAUUCAUUCAAUUCAUGAAAAACCGUUCAUUUAAUCAAGAAAUUCAGCAGACACCGUAUGAGGCCAUGUUUGGAUGCAAAGCAAAGGUGGGACUAAGCACUUCAAAUCUGCCCAGAGAGCUUGUCGAUAACUUAUUUACGGAUGAGGAUCUGGAGAAAGUUGAACAACAAAUGGAGGAUGCAACUACUUCCUCCGCAAAUGAACUUGCUGAAAAAGAGUGUGGCUCAGCCCGUUUUUGCGGUUCCUAUGGCAACAAUGUACAUGCAGUAAGUAAUGAAUCAGAUGAAGAGCACACAGGGAAAACUACUGGGAGGCAAUGUUUUAAUAAACAAGAAACCAGAAGCAAAAGGUCAGGGGCACAAGCUAGUUUGCAAGCUAGAAGUACCAAGAUGCUAAAAAUAGUUGGAGAUACUGCACGCCUCGGUACACCAGAUUAUGACAGGGGUUGCAGUGACCCACAUAGCAAUGUCAUGAACACAGACGGCACGCUAGAAAAAACAUCACUGCAAACCACAGUGCCUUCGCAAUUACUGACCAGUGGCCAAGACCAUACACAUUGUAAUUGCACCAGUAAGUGCUCAACGAAUCGCUGUAAAUGCAAAAAUAACAAAGUGCUAUGUAAUUCAGACUGUCAUAAAAGUCAACCUUGUUGUAACAGCUGAUGAUAGGCAUUGAUAAUUUA